AUGUCCAGUCAGAAAGCGCACCAGCCUCUAUUCGUUCUCAAGCAGCACAGCAGCGCGGUUAUGACAUGUGCGAUGGAUGAGCAGAAGGUGUUUCCACGGCUUUUGUUGAGUGGAGAUGGUGACGGCGUCGUAAAGUUGUGGGAUCUUGAACUUCGCGCCCCCUUGCUCUCGUUCCAUGCGGUCAACAGGGCCUCUUUGGAUGCAGAAACCAAUAACCAAAACAAGGAGUCGCCCGUUUUUCUUGUUAGUAGUGGUGUAAUGAAGGUUGGAUUUUUGACCUUUCAAGGACUGGCUGCCACAGCAGGAGAGAAAGGGGAAAAUGUCCUUUUCUACACCCAGUGCAGGAAUCAACACGUGCACAUUUGGCGAGUCGUUUUGGAAUGCGAUGAUGAUGAUGAUUUUGAGGAACUUCAAUCAAAUAAUGCAGGAGGGACUUCUUUGGAGUUAUUGCACAAAAUCAGUGUCCCACAACACGGUUUUUGUACUGUGCCGUGUGCUGCCAUAUCGUGUAGUGAACUGCAGUUGGCCAUUCCACACGAUAACGACGGAAUGAUCAGCUUGUGGAGCAUUGGUUUGGUUGACAAAAGCGGAAAGAAUUGGGAAGGGCUGCGCGUUACAUGUAAAAAAACUUUUUCUGCGUCGGGACUGGAAACAAAGUGUGGAACUAUCAUGUGCAUCAACUACCGGGAUGGAACUCAUAUUGCUCUGGCCUUUGAGAGUGGUCAUUUGACGCUUAAUAACUUUUGCGGCGAGCGACUUGCCAUCGUUCGUGCCUUUUCGGAAACGGCACUAACAUGUGUGUGGUCUGGCAACAUGCUACUUGCCUCCUCAGCAGAUGGACAACUCCACUGCUACGCCGUUGUAAGCGAAAAGAACGAGGCGCUUGACAAUCCCCCCAGCGAAGCAGAUGUCACGUUGACGCUUGUCAUACAGUGGGAAGCCUCCCUACGCAAGGGUCUAGGUAGCGUGGCACUGCAACGCCAUUUGGCUGUGGUGGGGUCAUGGGACCACACAAUGAGACUCUACGAUGAAGGAUCGGGCCGUGUCGUAUCCAUCUUGACGUUUCACAGUGGGCCUGUCAAUGAUAUCGCUCUGGUUCCUGCUUCGUUGGCGCAGUAUGCCUCGUUUGGAUUUGAUGUGCGACGCCCACGUUGGUGCAGUGCCAAAGCCUCCAAAAUCAAACAAGAGGAAGAUUCUGUGUAUCUUUUUGCUUCAGCCAGUGGGGAUUUCACAAUUGCUGUUUGGCGCCUGGACUUCAAGAUGCUGCGUGCGACGGAUGUGAGUGCCAUCUGA